AACCCGCAUGCUCCUCCUUCUCUAUCCUCCUCCAGAAUCUCUCCUAUAAAUACCACUUCUCUCCCACUAAUCACCACUACCUCUCUCUUCUCUCUCUGAACACACACAAAACACAAAACACAUCUCCUCAGCUCUGUUUCCUCUGUUUCUGUUCUUCUGAUCUUUGCAAUGGCAGUGUCUGGGUUCGAGGGAUUCGAGAAAAGACUCGAACUUCGAUUCUUCCACGAUGAAAACUCUAUCGCCAGAGACCCUAUGGGACUCCGUCUAAUAGACUUCGAAUCUCUAGACCAAGUCUUAAACGAAGUUCAGUGCACGGUAGUCUCCGCCGUAGCGAACCGUAGCUUCGACGCUUACGUGCUCUCCGAGUCAAGCCUCUUCGUCUACCCAACCAAAAUCAUCAUCAAAACAUGCGGCACCACCCAACUCCUCAAAUCAAUCCGACCGUUGAUCCAUCUCGCACGUAACCUCGGCCUUACGUUACGCGCGUGCCGCUACUCGCGCGGCAGUUUCAUCUUCCCUAAAGCACAACCUUUCCCUUACACAAGCUUCAAAGACGAAGUCGUCGUCGUCGAAGAGAGCCUUCCCAAAUCUCUCUGCUACCGUAAAGCAUCCGUCAUGACGCCUUCUAAUAACCCCUCACGUGCUUGGCACGUGUUCACAGCCAGUGCUGACGUGGAAUCCGACGAGACAGUCGUCGUAGUCGAAGUCUGCAUGACGGAGCUCGACCGAGUCAACGCUCGGAGCUUCUUUAAACGAAAAGGCGACGAGAAAAGCAACAGCGACUCAGCAGGGAAAGAGAUGACGCGGCUGAGUGGUAUCGAUAACAUAAACGCAAACGCCUUUAUAUGCGACUUCGCGUUUGAUCCUUGCGGCUACUCUAUGAACGGAGUCGACGGUGACCGUUACUCAACCAUCCACGUCACGCCUGAAGACGGUUUUAGCUACGCGAGCUUCGAGUGCGGUUUGUCUCUAUACGAUGACGGUCACGAAGAUAUUUCUGAGGUUCUAAGCCGUGCCGUUGAUGUUUUCCGGCCAAGCGACGUCUCGAUCGCCACCACUUACGGUGGAGAAGAUUACAACAACGAGGUGACGAAGCGCGUAGAACGCGUGUUGGCUAAGAAGCUUGGUCUUAAAUGCCGAAGCCGUAUUAUGGAUGAGUUUCCAGGCUCCGGAACAGUGGUUUAUCAGUCGUUCACGCCUCGCCGUAAAUAGUCAUCGCCGGCGAGACAGAGUAAAAAGGACAAAAAUAUGUUUUUUAAAUUAGGUUUUUUAAUUUAGCUGAGAGGAGAAAAAAAACGAAAAAAAGAAAUAGGUGAUGACGUGGAAGGAGAUGAUUGGUUGAUUUGGGGUUAAGGAGAGGGAUAUGUGAUAAGUGGGAACGUAUGAUCAUGCACCCCACUUUGCACCUUGUGGCAUUGUCACGCCUAAAAGCAUUUUUGAGGUUCAGUGUUGUAGGAUUUUAGUGGGAGAGGGUAAAAAUGGUUUGCUCUGUUUUUUUUUUUCUUUGUUUUUUCGUAUGUUUGUUUCUUUAUCAUUAUAUAUCUUCGGUUUAAAUUAUCUUCAAAUCUAUAUAUCAGACUGUUGAUAUA